UGCGCAGUGAACUGACCUUCUCCGCGCGGCCUCGUCCUGCUCCAGACGAGGUCCUGGAAGUUGUGAUUCUGCGUGUCAAACUGUCAAACUCAUUUUGGUUAGUUCUGGUGGAUUAAAAGUCGCACCAUGCCCGGUGUGGUUGAGGUUCCGACGUUACAGGAACUGAACGUCGAAGAGGUUAAUGUGUCAUCAGCCGUACUGAAGGCGGCUGCUCAUCACUACGGCUCUCAAUGUGACAAGGCCAACAAAGAGUUCAUGCUGUGCCGCUGGGAGGAGAAAGACCCCAGAAAGUGUCUGAAAGAAGGGAGGAAAGUCAAUGAGUGUGCACUCAACUUCUUCAGGCAGAUUAAGGGGAACUGUGCCGAGUCCUUCACAGAGUACUGGACCUGUCUGGAUUACUCUAACCUGGCUGAGCUGCGCCACUGCCGUAAACAGCAGAAGGGGUUUGAUGACUGUGUGCUGGAGAAGCUGGGCUGGGAGAGGCCAGAGCUGGGAGACCUGUCCAAAGUGACCAAGGUGGAAACCUCUCGCCCUCUGCCUGAAAACCCCUACCUUUCAAGAGCAAGACCUGAGCCCAAUCCUCCAAUCAAGGCUGAGCUACAGCCAUCCAAGCACGGCAGCCGUAUGUUCUUCUGGAACUGGUGAAAAAGGACCAAUGGCCGUCCUAUUAAUAUCAUGUUCACCAUCUCCGUGCUUCUGAGCAGAUGAGAGACAGUGGUGUCAGUGGAUGUGCUGUAAUCCUAACAAAUUGUGUAGAAAUGUUAAUAAAUUUUGUUCACUCAAAGCAUGUUAUCGAAUUAAAAAGAUUUAAUUUAAACCUG